UUCUAUUAACAAAAUGGCUCAUUGGUUUCAUCGUAACGUGUUGAAAGCUACGACAAAUCAAAAAUUCGAAUUAAAAAUAGCUAAUCCUACCGACGCUACAAGAAAACUAUGCAGUGAUUUGAGAUUAUCAAGAAAUCGUCUUUUGGAGUUGAUAAAAAAUCCAAAUAAUUCAAGUGACACUAUAGAGCCAGCUUUCCAUAGCUAUUUAAGCUUAUUAUAUGGAUUCAUAUGGGAAAUCAGUUCUGUUGCAGAAGAAAGUGAAUAUGUUGGCAGGCCAAAUCCUAGUAAACUCAGAAAUGUUCUUAUAUAUAAGUGGACACAUACAUUAUUGGGAACAAAUACAUAUUCUAGUGCUGAUUCUGUCUAUGAAGCAGCUAAUAUGAGCAUGAAUGUUGGACUUUGGUUUAUGAAACAUGCUGCAAUGAUUGCUGCUAAAGAUGAUAUAAAUUUAAAUGAAGCAAAGGAUGUACAUACUAUGCUAAGACGGGCUGCAGGAAUAUUUACUUUUGUGCAAACAGAGUUUUUGCCACAAUUAGCAAAUCCUUCACCAUUAGGAAGUGAUUUAGAUCCAAGAAUACUAAAUGCAUAUGUGAAUCAAUGUACAGCAGAAGCACAAGAAGUGACAGUGGCAAGAGCAGUAGAAUUGAAACAUAAUGCUAGCUUAAUAUCUGCAUUAGCUAAUGAAACAAGUAAAUUGUUUUUGGAUGCUGCUAAUACUUUACGCCCAUUUAAACCAGAGAUAUCAGCUCAGUGGAUUAAAUACUUGGAGCUUAAAGCAGCAUUUUAUCAAUCCUAUGCUUAUAAUUAUUGUGGAGAAAAUUUAUUAGCCAUGGAUAAAUGUGGAGAAGCAAUUAAAGCCUUACAGGAAAGUGAAGCUACUUUAAAGAAAGCAAAAGCAUUGUGUCAAGAAUAUGGAAAAAUAAAUGGACCAGCACCUAGAGUAAAACCAGAUCAACAUGCUGUAUUUAAACGCCUAGCACCUAUAGUUAAGCUUACACUUGAUAAAUGUAAUCGCGAGAAUGGUUUAAUUUAUCACCAUCUAAUACCAGGAGAGGUUCCAGCAUUGGAUACAAAAGCUACCUUUGGUUUAGUGAGUCCUAUUGAUUUUCAAAUGCAAUCACAUAAUCCUAUAUGGAAUUUAGAUAUAUAUAGAACGUUAUCCAACUUAACUCCUGCAAAAGUAGAAAAAGAACAAAAUUUACCACCUGUUAAAGAAGAUGCAUUUCACCAAAGUUCCAAAGAUCCAAAGAAUGCAAGUGGAUGUUCAUUACAGUAAAUUAUAUAAUGCAAAAAUACAGGUAGUAAAUUGAAUUCACUGCUUUUCUUGU